AGGUAGGACCGAAAAGCCUUCUGUCAAGAUGGCUGCCGCCGUGUCCGUUGGAGGCUCCUGGGGAGCUAAAGAGGACAGCAGCAGCAGCGACGACGAGGAGGUGUUCGUGAAGGAGGACGAGAGGGAGAAGCGACUGGAACCGCACGAGAUCCGGAGCCGGGUGGAGCGGAUGAAGAGGGAGGUGAAGAACCGCAGGAAGAUCCUCAUCAAGGGGCUCCCGGGAGACGUCACCAACCAGGAGGUGAACGGUCUGCUGGGGGACUACGAGCUGAAGUACUGCUUCGUGGAUAAAUACAAAGGGACCGCCUUUGUGACUCUACUGAAUGGGGACCAGGCAGAAUGUGCCAUCCGCCGCUUCCACCGAACCCGCCUCCGAGAGCGUGAGAUUUCUGUCCAGCUGCAGCCUACGGAUGCCCUGCUCUGCAUUGCCAACUUGCCAUCCGGCUACACCCAGCAGCAGUUCGAGGACCUGGUCCGCCCAUUCGGUAAUCUGGAGCGGUGCUUCUUGGUAUACAGCGGGGUGACCGGGCAGCCAAAGGGCUAUGGGUUUGUGGAGUAUAUGAAGAAGGACUCUGCCUCCCGAGCCAAGUCUGACCUGCUGGGCCGACAGCUGGGCUCCCGCACGCUGUAUGUCCACUGGUCGGAUGUCUGCCAGCUCACCUAUGACCUGCUGCACUCCCGCUGCCUGUGUGUGGACCACCUGCAGGAGUGCGACCCCAGCCAGCUGAAGGAGGCCUUCUCCAAAGUCUGCGCACCUUCCUUCUGUCAGCUGGCUUAUGGACAGGACGGUCAGUUUAAAGGCUUUGCGGUAGUUGAAUACGCCUCUGAUAUGGUGGCUGAAGUGGUCCAGCAGCAGAUGGAUAACUCUACGGUGGCUGGAGGACACGUCCGGGUCUCCUUCUGUGCUCCGGGACCUACAGGAAGGAGCAUGCUGGCGGCAUUGAUUGCAGCGCAAGCAACGGCAUUAAAUCGUGGGAACGGCCUUCUACCCGAACCCAACAUCCUGCAUCUUCUGAACAGCCUGGGCUCUCCAGCUACACUGCAGCUGCUGCUCAGUCCUCUGCUGAACGGAGGGAACAAACAAGGACUCCUUGGUGCAGCCCCUGCCAUGUCCCUUCUCGCUAACCCUGCCCUGUCUACCGCCCUCCUGCAGCUGGUACUGCAGGCACAGACUGCCACCCAGAAACCUCGUAUUCUGGGGGACUCUCCUCUCGCUGCUUUGUACGGGGCUCUGGGUCUGUCUCCUCAGAUCACACCCCCACCAGGGAAGACACUGCUUCCGGAGCUUGGUUUAGGCAUCCCUUCUGACUUGGGUACUCCUGCCCUGCAACAGUUUCUUGGACCACAGGCACCUGAAUGGGACAGUCCCCCUCCCACUCCUGUUUUGGCCUCCAUGCUUGGUGGGCUGCCAAAAACUUCAGAGUCAGGGAUUUCCCUCCUAGGAGAACCCCCCAGGGAUCUGAACAUUCAUUCCGGUCCUUACAUGAACUUCCACAGCAGGAUCCCCAGCACGGGCUCAGUGGGUGCGUCUAAUAAGCAGGCGUCUUACAAGCAGAAGGGAAGCCGUGUCCCUCUUGCGUCUCUACAGGAGUCCAUGCUGGCCCCUACAGAAGGCUAUCCCUAUGACAUACAGGCUGAGCUGCACCCUCGGGCCUUCUCGCAAAGCAGAGACCAUAUUGUGCCAAGCCUGAGUGCCUAUGAGCCAAGGAAUAAGAUCUCCCUGCCCUCCAGAUUUCGGGAGAGGAGCAGCAGCAUGCCAGCCCCUCUACCACCAUUCACUGGGGGAUCACCUACCUCUUACUUCACCAGCGGCUUGCAGGCUGGACUCCAGCAGACGCACAUGAAUAAAGCGCUCAGUAGGCGUCCCAGCAGUCCUGGAGGAGUCCCGUUAGAGUAUGAGGAUCGGAGUCUACCAUCAGGAAACGCUUGCAAGACCCCUAUAGGAGCACAGAAACGUGGCUUUUCGCACUUGAUCCCAUCCCCCGAGCCUAGCCCCGAAGGAGGCUACGUCGGACAGCACUCUCAAGGCCUGGGCGGCCACUAUGCAGACUCUUACAUGAAGCGCAAGAGGAUAUUCUAGCCGCUGCCCGUCACUGACAGCACCAAAGUGCCUGCCGCUCUGUCAGUCACAUUAGAUUAAGGCUCUUAUCAUUGUGUCGUGUGGAUUAACCCCUAAGAUGCCAAUGCUGCCUGCCACUGGUGCUUGGGAGUUGAGCCUGGAAAUGGGUUUCCUGUGCAUAUGGAGGGGGAAAGGCUCCUCCGUGCGCCUGGUUUAUAUAUUUUUAAAGUUUGCAUUUUUAUUUAAGGUUUUACGUGUAAUGUAAUUCAUUUGCUCUGGUUAUUUAAUGCGUCUGUUUUUAAUUGUGCUGCCUCUUAAUUUUGUUUUUAACUUCUUCCACUGCUCAGCUUUCUGUUCCUUCCUCUGCGUCCUGUCAUUUUUGUCUUUGUGCAGGUGUUAAUCUUGCUUUUCUGAGCCAACCAAGUGUGCCCCUCAUGUGGUACCCGCACCAGUCUGCUGGGGUUGUCCCAGAGUCCACGUGGAUAGGAUAUACUUGUAAUG